ACCACUUUGCAUUGUUCAGAGACCACCGCGUGCAACUACCGACUACGCCCAUGACACCCACACAGCCAAGAUGUUCAACGUACGCUCGAUCAUUCUGCUGGUCAUUUCCUACGUCGUAAUCCCACGCCUCACAUUCCUGCCACAGAAUGUGCACUCGCUGCUCAUACUGUUCGGGCCCUUUGUCCUCCCGCGCAUCAUGGACUGGUUCAACGUCGCCCGCGCAACGUCUCGAAGCGUCCCCAUACGGCCGACUCCACCGCGGGUGAGCAACGCACUCAACCUCCUCUUCGUUGCCGCCAUCGCCUGCCUGGCUCUGUCGCUAUCACGCUUCGCGCCCGAGAACAUAUUCCUCGCGACACAGAGCCACAUUCGCACCGAGACCAGCGUAUUGUUCGCCCGGUUGCGGCACCUCAGACCGCUUACGGAGGUCGACCAUGCGUUACGAUCGAAAUUCGAAGUCAACGGGCGCAACAAGCUCUACUAUCUGGCGUACGGUCCGGACACAUUGCUGAACUGUGUGUGGUGCACCACGGCGAACGGCAACGAUACCAACAACUACUUCCUGUACAGCCUGCCAAAGAUAGUCAUGCCGCACAUUUUCCAGCUUGCUGUGCUCGGCUUGGCUACCUCUUCGUUGGUUGGAACGGAAGGCUCGAGAUUUCGCACGCACGCGACCAUCAUAGGACUUGCGACUCUGAUUGUGGAGAUAUGGUUCAUAGCGACGUACGACAUCACGGUCAACAAGCGGGCAAAGUUCGUGCAGAACAUCGAUUCGAUAUACUGGCGCGUAAGGUUUCUGCGGUAUAUCAUCUUUGCAGUGCAGAAUAUUGGCAUGGCGUUUCUGCUUUGGGCUACUAGUACGAACCGCUGGCUUGCGAAGCCCGUCUCGAUCGCGGAACGAUUGGAGAUGGCGACACGCGUGGCUGAGGAGACCAUGAACAAGAUGCGCGCUCUUGGCCUCAUCACAAAUUCUGUCAAUCGCGAUUCAGCGCUUCGAGGCGUCAGAGAAGAGUACUGGAGGACAGAAGGCCAGGUCAUGUCAGAAACAGUCCAAGAGGAACCGGUCAUGGAGCAGAUCAACGCUGCAAUCAGCAAGAUGGAUUUUAAUGCGUUAGAAGGACGUGUGGGCGAAGUCGCAGAUGGCAUUCUGAAAGGCAUUGACGGUCUCCGACAACCUGGUCCAAUGGCUGAGGCAUCGUCUUAGAUCAUUCUUUCGUAUUGGGAAAUCGGUGAGGCGGAUAUAGAUGGCCAGGCUACCAGCGGUAUGUUCAGCACGAAGCUAUGCACUUCCCGGUAUUUAGGCUUAUCUC